GUCCGGGACAAUUUCGACGUGACCACGCAACAGGGAAGCGACCGGUGACUCAAACCGUGUCAGAGCCGCCAUGCUCCCAACCCAACUCACAUGCCGGGGUACGCUGAGCGCCUUCGGGAGGUUCCGCCGCCGUCCCGCCCGCUGCUCCGGACUCCAAAUGCUCCUCGAGCAGGAAGAGCCACGGAGCGCAACCAUCCGCAGAAGCCUCUUGCCGUCCGUCGUCCACGCAAGGAGAAGGUUCAGCGUGUCCGCCGCGGCCAUCGUGAACGCGGCCCCGGGGCCCGUCCGGCCGUAUCUCCGUUUAAUGAGGCUGGACAAACCAAUAGGCACGUGGCUGCUGUACCUCCCGUGCAGCUGGAGCAUCGCCCUGGCCGCCGAGCCCGGUUGCCUUCCGGACUUGGGGACGCUGGCCCUGUUUGGCGCCGGCGCCGUGCUGAUGCGCGGCGCCGGCUGCACCGUCAACGACAUGUGGGACAAAGAGUUGGACAGGAAGGUGGGUCGGACCGCCGCGCGGCCCAUCGCGUGCGGCGACGUGUCCCGUCCGCAGGCUCUGGUGUUCCUGGGAGGGCAGCUGUCCCUCGCUCUCGGCGUCCUCCUCUGUCUCAACUCUUACAGCAUGGCUCUGGGCGCCGCCUCCUUGUCGCUGGUGCUGACGUAUCCGCUGAUGAAGAGGAUCACCCACUGGCCCCAGCUGGUUCUGGGUGAGUGGCGUUCGGCGCCCCCGCGGCCCCCCGCCGUUCGGCUUCUUCCGGUGUCAUUGGGUUGCCAUUGGUCUCCAGGUCUGACCUUCAACUGGGGGGCCUUGCUGGGCUGGGCCGCCGUCAGAGGCGCCUGCGACUGGUCCGUGUGUCUGCCCCUCUACUUCUCCGGAGUCAUGUGGACGCUCAUCUACGACACCAUUUAUGCGCAUCAGGACAAGGAAGAUGACAUCAAAGCGGGCGUCGGGUCGACGGCGCUGCGUUUGGCCGAGCGGACCAAACCUUGGCUGAGCGGCUUCGGGGCGGCCAUGACGGCAGGCCUGGCGGCGGCGGGGCUGCAGGCCGGCCAGGGGGGGCCGUACUACGUCGCCCUGGCCGCCGUCGCCUUUCACCUGGCGCGCCAGAUUUCCACUCUGGACGUGGAUGACCCGGAGGACUGCUGGAAGAAGUUUGUGUCCAACAGGAAUCUCGGACUCUUGCUACUUUUAGGAAUCGUCGCUGGGAACCUGUGGAAAGAAAGACCAGAAGCAGGCCCGCAAAGAACCCCGUCAAAUUGAAGGUGGCUUUCUUUUCAUCUGCCAUCGCUUUGCCACAGCAAAGGAGCGAGCGCGACAUUAAAGGUGCGCAAGAAAGCUUUGUGGCUUUUUUGUCCUAGCGUGAGCCGUCCCUGCCGCUCGCGCGCA